UCCUACAACGCAAGAAUAAUAUAGUAAUACUCCUUGACUGCGUGAAGAAGAAGCAGCUAUCUGCACUUGAAAUUCGCAUGAUAUCGCUUCAAAACCAUUGUCUAGUAAAUCCAGAGACAGCCUCUUUGACAAGGCGGUGCCAUGUGCGACCGUAAGACAAUACUCAGCACAAAUAGAAAGCUUAUCGAGCCUUGUGAACGAAGGGCGCAUCAUUAUCGUCAGCAAGAUCACCCAAAAGCGCAUUUUUCCAAGAUAUUGCGCAACUGAUGGCGCGAUGUGUCAUCAAUCCAUAAUCACUUCCGUGAUCGUGAUCAACUGUUUUGUCUCCUCAGCGUACACGUCUAAGCUACAUCCUACGUUUACGCGGACGAAAAACCAUCACUGCCAAUACCCCUACAAAGAAGAGGCCAGUCUAUAUUUGCUGAGCAUCGCCUAUCGCUAAAGAUUAUUCCCGUCAGAUUUUUGUAUUUUUUCUUAAUGAGAACUAUCGUCGAAAGAGUUUUGCUGACCGAUCAUCUCGCCAUAUUUAGUUCGUAUGAUGUGCUUCGCACGUUACACUCUAUUCGGGUGGGGAUCCCAGCGCCAUCCCCACGCACAACAGAUCAAUAACCGCAUACUUCACAUGACAUCGAAUCGUGCGCGCGCUCAUGAAAAUCAUCAAAACAGGACUGCUCGUCUACUGCGAUAACAAUGCGCAUAGCAUAAACCCUCAAACCCAUCGCAAACCCCAUAACCCGGGCCGGAAGGUUCCAUAUUCCAGAUUGCCGACAACAACCGGGUCAACAUGUGCGCCAGCCCACCUCACCAACAACCCACGCGGAAAUAACCCCUUAUGUCGAGAACGCAGCAAAGCACGAGAUCCUCAACAAAGACGUCAACAACCAUUAAAUCUUGUAGAUUUGAGGUCAUCGCUAUGA